AUGGUUGUCCGGAUAAGACUUGCGCGCUUCGGGCGCGUCAACCAGCCCUUUUACAACAUUGUUGUUUCUCAGGCCAGAACCGCCCGUAACAGCAAGCCCAUGGAGGUCAUCGGCACCUACGACCCCAUCCCCAGACAAGACCCGUACGACGCGACGACGAAGCCGCACAAGGAGAUCCGCCUCGACUCGCUGCGUGCACGCUACUGGAUCGGUGUCGGCGCGCAACCGACCGACACAGUUUGGAGAUUGCUAUCUAUGGUCGGAAUCCUCGAGCCAAAAUACAGAGCCAACGGCGAACCCAACACUGCGACUGCUGCCAAAUCCCUCAAGGAGCCCGUUCAAACGCCGUCAUCAUAA